AUGGCGUAUGAAGACAUCUACCUGAGUGUGCGCUUCAUGGGACAGUUCCGUCAGUCUGAAGGCCUGCCCUCCGUCUUCCCGCUGCAGUUUCAGGAGAAGAUGACGUUCGAAAAGAUUUUCAGAUUUGCUCUUGACCCCGCAGACAUCGCAGUGAUGCUGGAGUACGAGACUGUACGAAUUGAACUUGUGCAACUCUGUCCACCAAUGGGGAGAACUCUGGCCUACUACACAAAUGAUGCUCGCCGAUUCCUCUUCCCAGAACCCAAACUUGUGCCUCCAUCAUCUGGGACUGAGCAGGAGGUUUUCAUGACUCGAUCCCAGCAUUUCCCUGGCAUUUGUCCAAGACUGGAAUUCUCCACAACAACAACCAUCUUUGAGUGUGCUGCGCAUGCAGAGAUUAUGAAUUACCCAAAUGUGCCGUUGAGGCCAUUGAUGAAGCGACGGAGACGACCCAGGACGGCCUCCCCCCAGCGCAGGUGUGGCAGUGCGGUGGGGAGGAGAGGUGCCCGGGGGGACAGGGCGGUCUCCAGGUCCCGCUCCAUGUCUCCGUACAGGAGCAACAAGCAGCGUCUGGUCCGUCUCAGCCUGGACUCAGAGCCUCAGGAGCAGAGUAGCAGUCCCAAGCCUGUUCUGUCCACCAGAUCUGGCGCCCGAUCGGCCUCCCCACAUCACACUUCCGCUCUGACCAGUCCAACCGUGAGCAGGUCUCCGUCUACAGUGAGAUUUGCGACACCGGAGCCGAGGCACUUCUAUUCUAAUGGUCUGCAGGAGGAGGAGAUGGUCAAUGGGGAUCAAAAUCUACUCGACUCGUUUCAGAGCACAGACCUUUCCCUGAGCAUGACCUCUGCUGCGCCCAGAAGGUCCACAAGUUCUCACCAGAUGUGGGAGGAGGUCCAGGAUCGAGUGCGCGGUCUCCUUGUCACCCCCAAAGCAGUACGCAGACUUACAUAUGGAGUCACAAACGCAGAGAUGGAUGAAGUUCUAGCUCGAAGAUCGAUCUCUCCUGGUUUACCGUCAUAA